AUGGUCGCCAAGAAUAAAAUCCAUAUUCCUCAUGCUCAAAAUAUCCCUUUCUAUAUCAGAUUGGUCACUAAAAUUUCUUCAUUUGCCCUGAGAAAGAUACAUGAACAAUACUUUAAAGUCUUACAUGCGACUCCUGAUAAUCCUCUUGGAUCUUGCAAUGGUACU